CACAUAUCUUGUCUUUUUUUCCUUUGUUUUGUUCUUUAUGCUCAAGGUCAUUUUAUAUUUUGCCUUUUCUACUUUGAUAGCCUUCUCCAGUGCUUUCGAUAAUCAAUGCAAUGACAAUUUAGUAGAUUAUUGGGGUCAGAACUCUUACGGAGCUGCUAAUGGAAAUGACCCCUCCGGGUGGCAACAACCUCUUCGGUUUUAUUGUGAAGAUGAUGCUGUUGAUGUGCUUCCUAUUGCUUUUUUGACAACUUUUUUCGGUGUGGGUGGUGAACCACAAAUUAACCUUGCCAAUUACUGUAAUAGCGCUGAUAAUGCUACAUUCCCUGGUUCUAACCUGGCCAAUUGUCAAAACAUUUCUCCUGAUAUCAAAUACUGUCAAAGCAAAGGCAAACUGAUCACUUUAUCCCUGGGUGGUGCUACAGGUGGUGUUGGAUUUCAAUCCGAUGCUCAAGCUUCUGCAUUUGCAGAUACAUUAUGGAAUCUCUUUUUUGGUGGUAAUUCUAAUACUCGUCCUUUUGGUGAUGCUGUUUUAGACGGGGUUGAUCUUGAUAUUGAAGGAGGCGGGCCUAAUCACUAUGUCACUUUUCUCAAGAAACUCGAUUCCUAUUUCAGUGCUUCUGAUAAGAAAUACUAUGUUACUGCUGCUCCUCAAUGUGUAUAUCCUGAUGCUAAUCUGCAACUCACAUUAAACAAUUAUCCCUUUGAUGCUGUCUAUGUUCAAUUCUACAAUAAUCCUUGUGGUCUUCAAAAUUUCAAUUCACCUAACCAAUGGAAUUUUGGUAUUUGGGAUAUUUGGGCCCGUACCAUCUCCCCUAACCCGAAUGUUAAGGUCCUGAUCGGUGCGCCUGCAAGUACAUCAGCUGCCGGUGGAGGUUAUGUACCUGCAGAUACAUUGAUUGAUAUUGCAAGAAAAACUCGAGAUCGAUUUCCUAGCUUUGGCGGUGUGAUGUUGUGGGAUGCUUCUCAAGCGUACAAAAAUGGACGUAUCGAUGCUGCUGUGAAGAAUGCACUUCAGUCUGGUAAACGAUGCGAUGGUGGCUUUGACUAUCCAUUAUGUACUGCUCCUGCUUGGGCUUCUGGUAAAGGUUAUAGUGCAGGCGAUACAGUUUCAUACAAUGGAUAUAUGUGGACUGCUAAAUGGUAUGCUUCAAACGCUCCUUCUGCUGAUGUUAACAGUGAUUGGUCUCCAGUAAGUAGUUGUAAAGGAGGCGCAGGAGAUACAGGCAAUACUCCUCCAUCUUCUACUCGCACUGUUACAAUCAGUGCUUCCUCAACAACUAGUUCUAUAUCCUCUUCUUCUCAAACUAGUACAACAACAACUUCUUCUUCCAAGACUAGUACAACAACAAGUUCUUCCUCUUCCAAGACUAGCUCAGGAACAAUAACUGCUACCCUUACUACCAAGACAACACUGACUUCUACUGUUACCAAAACAAGUAUAACAACUAUCACAGGCAAUACCAGCACAAAUGCAGCUACCACUAUACCUACAGAUAGUUGUUCCGGUGUACCUGCUUGGUCAUCUAGCACUAGUUAUGUGUCAGCAAGUAAAGUAACCUAUCAAGGUAAUAUCUGGCAGGCUCAAUGGUGGUCAUACAAUGAUGUUCCAGGUGGUACUUCAGGUGUCUGGACCAAAUUAGGUAGUUGCUUAACGAAACGAUUAAGAAAAAGACGACGAAUCUCUGUAUAAUAAACAUAUUUAUAUAUAUAUAUAUCAUUUGCACUCUAAGGUUUAAUCUAUUAUUAUUCCGAAAAUAGCAUGUUAUAAAGUACUGUGGUUGACUAAUUGACCAAUGAUGUUCACAAUAUCUUCACUCUGUUCUACACUGUAUUUUGCUAAUGUUGUCUUUGAAAGAGGACCCACAGACACACAAAACGCUGUUUUUUCAUCUUGAAGAACAUUAAACAUGUCUUC